AUGGGCUACUACAACGGCGCCUACCACAGAACGGUGGUGAGGUUCAGCUUGGCCGAUUUCUCCACCAUCGAGGUGCGCGACUUUGCUUCAGAGGUGGGCAAUGAUCACAUGACGGCGGGCGGCUUCGUGCACGGCGACGACAGCUACGUGGGCAAUGAUCACAUGACGGCGGGCGGCUUCGUGCACGGCGACGACAGCUACGCUGUCACGGCAGGCGGCAAGGUCAUCCGCUUCGACGCCCAGCCUGCCGCCCAGGCGACUCCGCCUCCGAGCCCGAGCCCGACGCCCGCCCCCGCGCCGCCCGGCGCGGGCGCGGGGGGCUCCGGGGCCUCCGCCGUCGGCGACCCGCAUCUGCAGAACGUUCACGGCGAGCGGUUCGACCUGAUGAAGGAGGGCAAGCAUGUUCUGAUAAACAUCCCUCGUGGAAAGAGUCCUGACAGCGCCUUGCUCCACGUGAAGGCCGAUGCGCGCCGGUUGGGUGGGCAGUGCGCGGACCUGUAUUUCCAAGAGCUGAACGUUACGGGGUCUUGGGCAGAGGCAAAGCAGGCUGGAGGGUAUCACUACAGCGUGUCGCAUCACGACGUCGAGACUCCGGGGUGGAUUGCCUAUGGCAAGGUUGAGCUAAAAGUCAUUCGUGGACGUGCGCACAACGGCCUCCGUUACUUGAACGUGUACGCGAAGCAUUUGCGUCGAGCGGGGUUUGCUGUCGGGGGGCUGCUGGGGGAAGAUGAUCAUGAUGACGUAAUCGUUCCCCCAGGCUCAUGCGCCAAGCGUCUGGCUCUGGUGGGCGACGAGAAAGCGGGCAGCGAAGACCCCUCGGUUGCCUCAGUCGCGGUAGCAACCCUCGCGUAG